GCCAUUUCUUCUGACAAGCUACGUCUCGUUUGUCAAACAUACGGAUACAUCAGCUCGGGAAGAAGCCAGAAAAGUGACAUCUUCUAACGCUUCGCGCAAUCUUGCUUCAAGAUCCCAAUGUCCGCCAUCGUAGCGCUAUGAAUCGAAAGCAUAGGAUAACGCAACUCACUUCACGAUGAAGACCUCGAAGCUAGCAAAAGAGACGUCGGCGCUCUUCAACAAGAUGACAGCGGCAGCUUCAUCGCCGCCGCCGCCGCCACAGACCCGCCGGACGACGAGAUCUUCGCUUGCGCGGUUCGCAUACGCAUCGAAUUCAACGACCUCUGCGGCGGAUUUCAAGGCGACAGCCACGGAAGCCGCGCUCCACGAUAUAGUCCUAGGCGUCGCCGACAUUGAAGAUGCGGUUCCCGACUCGCGGAGUAGGAAACGGAGACGGGUUUUCAAAGAGGAGGAAGCACAAGACGAGCAGAGUGUCACAGAUGUAGCAGCAGCAGCACCACCACCAAGAACGACAUCAAAGUCACGAACUAGAAUCAAAACCGAACACAUCGAAACCGAAACACCAUCACCAGCAACCCCUCCGAAAGCCCGCAAAACCCGUAAAGCAGCACGCACAAUCCGCGGCACAUCCCCCUCUUCCUCUACAACACACGUCGAACCCCCAACAGACUGGCUCGAAAUUUACAACGCCGUCAAAGAAAUGCGCCUCCACGGCGCAGCGCGCAACGCCGCCGUCGACACAAUGGGCUGCGAACGCCUCUUCCACCCCGACGCUUCGGAACGCGACCGGCGCUUCCACAUCCUGAUUGCGCUCAUGCUCUCGAGCCAGACGAAAGAUACGGUCAACGCGGUGGCGAUGAAGAGGUUGAUGACGGAGCUGCCGCCGCACGAGGAGGGCGCGCAGGGGGGAUUGUGUUUGGAGAAUGUGUUGGCUGUGGAACCUGCGCUGCUGAAUGAGUUGAUUUGGGCGGUGGGGUUUCAUAAUAAUAAGACAAAAUUCAUCAAAGCAGCUGCCAUCAUCCUCCGCGACAAAUUCAACAGCGACAUCCCCGACACGAUCGAAGGCCUCACUUCCCUACCCGGCGUAGGCCCCAAGAUGGCUUAUCUCUGCCUCUCUGCGGCCUGGGAUCGCACCGAGGGCAUCGGCGUGGACGUACACGUGCACCGCAUCACGAACCUCUGGGGCUGGCACAAGACGACGCAGCCCGAGGCGACGCGGCACGCGCUCCAGAGCUGGCUGCCCAAGGACAAGUGGCGCGAGAUCAACUGGCUACUCGUCGGGUUCGGCCAGACGGUCUGCUUACCUGUCGGGCGCAAGUGCGGCGAUUGCGAGCUCGGGUUAGGCGGGUUGUGUAAGGCGGCGGAGAGGAAGAAGGUGAAUGAGGGGCGUAGGAUGAGGGAGGUCAAGGUCGAGGUGAAGGAGGAGGAAGACGAAGACGUGGUCAUUAAGACGGAAGAGGUUGUCAAGGAGGAGCAAGUUGUUCGUGACGCGGUUGUGAAUCAAGAGACGGAGCAGCCGGAGCCGGUAUCAGAGCCGGCGGUUGGUGAUGAACCGGAUGCACCGCGAAGAAGUCGCAGAAGCGGCCUAUCCCGGUAGUAGGGCGAGAUAGAGACCUAACUAUUGUACAGGUACAACACUUGUCGUAAAUGAAGUGAUUGGCCCAUAUCGGCAAGACCGUUUCUUGUGCGGUGUCCGGUACGGAGACGGUAAUGUGCAACAUCAACGCCAGGGGCGGAAAUCGCAGAAAUGACGUGCCGUCCGCCGGCAACGACAAAUCGACCACGCGACCAGUGAACCAGCGGAAUGACCGGGGUCCUACUUGUCUCGUUCUCGGGGGUCGGUGGAGAAGCGGGGGACCCGAACAAAUUCGGAGGAAUUCCGAAUUUUGAGGUGGCCCUGCGGAAAAAGGGAGUUGAAGAGUCAUUGCCGUGCCUGCCGGUCGUUCCCGACACUGUGUGUACUGUGUUGUGGUGAGUUGUCAGCUGGUCCGGGCAGACGACUGCGUUGAGAGAAGAUGAAAGACGGUGGCAGAAUGAUGGGGGCGAUUGUGACUGUGUGAGAUACGAUAUCGGAGAUAGGCCGGGAUAAUCGGUAUUCGCCCCGUUGUAUGUAGUGGGCAGCCGCAGCGGCGCCCGUGCUCUGAUCCCCCGUGGACCCGUGGUUCACUGGUGCCGUCAUUGUCGUCCACUUCAAUAAGAAAGUAGCUUUUCGUGACGUGUGGAAAAUCGGCGUGGGCGGAGGGGGAAGGGGAUGGGGGAUGGCGGAAAGAGUUGUGGCUGACUCGCGAGGUCAGAGGACGACGAAAGCGGCCAUAUGAAGCACGGCGUGCCACGGCUUGCAGGGGGACCUAAGGAAAAAACAGAAUUGUCUUUGCCCGCCGGGCGCCCCUUCUCCCUCCGCCUCUCCUUUGAUGGAUGUUCUGGAACAAGGAGGUGACUGAGUGAGAGAAAAAAGGGUCAAAGUUCUGACGCACUUUGUAAUGUUCGUCCGUGGUUUCAUUCGGC